UGUCGUUGCACUUCGGCCUUUUCGAUUAAUCACCCAAUCAACUUAGGAAAUCCCAAAACUAUAUUAAUAGCACUAUGGUAGGGUAGGGAUAAUAAUAAGUUUUUAAAAAGGUCGAGAGAAAUUCUCGCGCGAAGAGAGUCGGAAGAGACCAUUUCUCAUAUAAGCAAUGCAUUCCCUCCGAUUCAGAUGCAGAGACAAAAUCCUCUUCCAUUUGGGAGAUCUCAACUACUUCCCCCCACUCACUCACUCAUUCCCCUCUCCCUCCCUCACUCACGUCUCCACCUCCUCUCCUCUCAUGUCAUCGCAGCUGUCACAGUCCUUUUGAUUCAAUGAAUCCAUGAUCGUCUCCUCGGCAGAAUUCAAUAUAUUCCAAGUCCCCUGUAACGCGCCAGCGCUUCCCCUUUCCAUGUUCGCAACUGUAUUUCACGGGGCAUGAGGAAUCCGGAGUGAAGGGUCGAGAUCGAAACCUCGUCUUUCGGGCAAUUCCGGGAGACGGGUUCGAUUCGUUCUCCGGCUUUCUCUUCUCUCGUGCCCGGAAAACAGAAUCUUGUGCAGAUACUCUGUCCCUGGAAUUGUUCUUGAUAUGGUCAUUCUAAUAUUUCAAGAUUUCGAAAGUUAUAUCAUUUCCUUUUUAGGACUCGGUUACCUCUUAUCCCAUUUAGGAGCCACUGUCAGUGUUUGAUGCCCGUUAGUUUACAUUUAUGCCGAUAGCUGCGAGGAACUCGAGCCAGUUUUUCCUUUCGAUGAUUCCUUCCCUCCUCUGUGAUCAUCUUGCCUAGAUCUUUUCUGUUUAUACCAAACACCGUAAUCCGUUGAUUGAAUAACCCGGAUAGAACUUGUCGCGGAGAGUGAUCCGGGUGAAGCGUAGGCCUUUCCAAUGGCGGAGAAGCACUCGCGGCUCGUUACUUUGCUGCAGAUUCUUUCCAUCCUGGUGGUGUUUGUUGCAGGAGUCGUGAUCGGCUUAGCAGCCACUUCACACAUCAACCAGUACUUCGGGUCAAAACCGGAGCUGAUUUUCUUCAUGAAUCGAGGCUCGGUUUCUCCGGCUUCCCCCAUCCACGAGGAGAACUGCACCGUCCCCAUCUGCCCCGUCUUUGUUCCGAGAGCCUGUGACUGCCCGGAUUGCUCUAGCAUGGACACGUACCUGCACCCGAGAAACCUCACCCACGGCAUGUCCGACACCGAGCUGUUCUGGAGGGCUGCGAUGGUUUCCCGGCAAGGAAAAUACCCUUUCGCCCGUGUCCCGAGAGUGGCCUUCAUGUUCCUGACUAGAGGGCCGCUGCCGAUGCUGCCCCUGUGGGAGAAGUUCUUCGAGGGACAGAAGAGGGACUUGUAUUCAAUUUACGUCCAUGCACUCCCAGGAUAUGAGCUGAACGUUUCCAGGGACUCUCCUUUUCAUGGAAGACAGAUCCCCAGUCAGAAUGUCCAAUGGGGAACGGUGGAGCUGUUCGAUGCGGAGAAGCGGCUCCUAGGGAACGCGCUGCUCGACUUCUCCAAUGAGCGGUUCGUCCUCCUCUCAGAAAGCUGCAUUCCUAUCUACAACUUCUCGACCAUCUACAAUUACCUCACAGGUUCAAAGCAUAGCUUUGUGGACUCGUACGAUGAGCCAACUCGGUAUGGGCGAGGGCGAUACAGCCGGAACAUGCUUCCACAUAUCCACCUCCGCCAUUGGCGGAAGGGGUCCCAGUGGUUCGAGCUAAACCGGGACUUGGCAACUUACAUAGUAUCAGACACCAAGUUCUACUCCCUCUUCAGGCGGUUCUGCAAGCCCGCCUGUUACCCCGACGAGCAUUACAUCCCGACUUACCUCAACAUGUUCCAUGGAUUGAAAAACUCUAACCGGAGCGUGACUUGGGUGGAUUGGUCCUUCAGGGCCCCUCACCCUGCGACUUUUGAGAAAGCUAACAUAACGGCGGAUUUCAUAAGGUCUAUCAGGAGUAGCGGCAGCCACUGUCUGUAUAAUUCCAGGACGACGCACAUUUGUUAUCUCUUUGCCCGGAAAUUUGCUCCAAGCACUUUGGGGCCAUUGCUCGAGCUAUCAUCGGCGUUCAUGGAGUUUUGAUUGGUGGAUUGAAGGUUCACUGACACGGGAUGACCUCAGGAUGAUCAAGUUUUUGGAGAUUUCUUCAGAUUGAAGACGUGCGAUCAAUCCACUGACUAUCGUUAGUUUUAGCGAUUAGCGAAGGACUAUUGCUCCCUGUUUUUCUCCGAUCAUCAACUAGGUACGGUUCAAGCAUUUCCAGAAUUGAGGAAAGGAUUAUUGAUCGCGCAAUUCUCCUGAAUCUGUAUAGAAAUUGUAUUCAGUCGGUUAAUUGAAUAAUGAACUCUUCUAGGGACAAAGAAGAUUUCCAAUUGCAAA